ACGGCCAACACGAAAAAGGUGAGGCGGGAAGCACCAAUUAACAUAGUGGCUAGAUUUUCACUCAAAAAAAGAAACAAAUAGUGGCUAGAUAUUAGCAAUGGCUUCUGCUUCUUGCCUUAGCUUACUGGUGCUCGUGGCAAUGGCCUCCGCGGCGUGGGCGCAGCUGUCGCCGACGUUCUACCUCGCGUCGUGCCCGAGCGCGCUGUUCAUCAUCCAGACCGCGGUCCAGGCCGCCGUAAACAGCGAGCCCCGCAUGGGGGCGUCCCUGGUCCGGCUGCACUUCCACGACUGCUUUGUGGAUGGAUGUGACGGGUCCGUUCUGUUGGCGGACACGGGGAGCUUCGUCGGCGAGCAGGGGGCUGCUCCCAACGCCGGUUCCAUUCGAGGCAUGAACGUCAUCGACAGCAUCAAGGCGCAGGUGGAGGCCGUGUGCGCGCAGACCGUCUCCUGCGCCGACAUCCUCGCCGUCGCCGCCCGCGACUCCGUCGUUGCGCUGGGAGGGCCGUCAUGGCCUGUUCUUCUCGGGAGGAGGGACUCCACCACCGCAAGCAAGACCAAUGCAGAGAAUGACCUUCCACCUCCUACCUUCGACCUCCAGAACCUCACGACCUCCUUCGCAAACAAGCAGCUCACCCUCACAGACAUGGUUGCGCUCUCAGGCGCCCACACGAUCGGACAAUCGCAGUGCCGGUUCUUCAGGAACAGGAUCUAUAACGAGGCCAACAUCAACACGGCCUUCGCAACGGCGCUCAAGGCCAACUGCCCCCAGUCCGGCGGCGACAGCAGCCUAGCGCCGCUGGACACGACGACGGCCAACGCGUUUGACAACGCCUACUACAGCAACCUGAUUUCCCAGAAGGGGCUCCUACACUCGGAUCAGGCGCUAUUCAACGGCGGCGGCGCCGACAACACAGUCCUGAGCUUCGCUUCCAGCGCGGCGACGUUCAGCAGCGCCUUCGCGACGGCCAUGGUGAAGAUGGGGAACAUCGCGCCGAAGACGGGGACGCAGGGGCAGAUCAGGCUCGUCUGCUCCAAGGUUAACUCCCGGGGGCUGGAGAGCUCGGCUAUGGCGUCGGACGACCGCGAGGCGAGGGAGCACCUCGACACCGAGGCCGCCAACGAGGCCUACAUGCAAGAGCUCCGCCGACAGCACCCAGAGCUCGUGGAGGCGGAGCGGAUGAUCUUUGCCGACGCGAAAGGCGGCGAGGUUAUCAUUCUCUCCUCCGACCACAAGGUUGAAGGCGGCGAGGGCGGCGACGCGGAAGGUGGCGAGGACGAGGAGAUCGACGUCCAUGAAUAUGUGUUUCUCUCUCCCACGGGCAGCGAACGGAUACAUGAUAAGGCCAAAGCAGACAAAGAGAAAAUUGUUCGACUAACCAUGGCCAUGGGUUCUGCCUCUUGCAUUUCUCUGGUGUUGCUCGUGGCUCUGGCCACGGCGGCGUCGGGGCAACUGUCGUCGACGUUCUACGACACGUCGUGCCCCAGGGCUCUGGCCACCAUCAAGAGCGGCGUGGCGGCCGCCGUGAGCAGCGACCCCCGCAUGGGCGCGUCCCUGCUCAGGCUUCACUUCCACGACUGCUUUGUCCAAGGCUGUGAUGCAUCUGUCCUGCUGUCUGGCAUGGAACAAAACGCGGGUCCGAACCUGGGGUCGCUGAGGGGCUUCGGCGUCAUCGACAGCAUCAAAACCCAGCUGGAGAGUAUAUGCAAGCAGACCGUCUCUUGCGCCGACAUCCUCACCGUCGCCGCCCGGGACUCCGUCGUCGCCCUUGGAGGGCCGUCGUGGACUGUCCCGCUGGGGAGACGGGACUCCACCACCGCAAGCGCGGCGCUGGCAAACAGCGACCUCCCUGGCCCUGGCUCCAGCCGGUCGCAGCUCGAGGCCGCGUUCCUCAAGAAGAACCUCAACACGGUCGACAUGGUCGCGCUCUCUGGCGCGCACACCAUCGGCAAGGCCCGCUGCUCCACCUUCCGGACUCGGAUCUACGGCGGCGACACCAACAUCAACGCCGCCUUCGCGACGUCGCUCAAGGCCAACUGCCCACAGACAACCGGCUCCGGCGACGGCAACCUAGCGAACCUCGACACGACCACGCCCAACGGGUUCGACAACGCCUACUACACCAACCUCCUGUCCCAAAAGGGGCUCCUGCACUCGGACCAGGUGCUCUUCAACAACGACACCACCGACAACACGGUAAGGAACUUCGCGUCCAGCGCGGCGGCCUUCAGCAGCGCCUUCACGACGGCCAUGAUCAAGAUGGGAAACAUCGCGCCGCUCACCGGGACGCAGGGCCAGAUCAGGCUCAGCUGCUCCAAGGUGAACUCGUGAUUGACGCACGAGCUACAAUCCGGCAGCUCUCCAGCAUCACAUGUCAAUGAAUAAGGCCCAAGAACAGUGGUCAAUACAAAUCAGUAUCUACCAGCACUUGAAACGUGUAUUUAAGUACGUGCACCAGCAAAGCAUGCGUGCAUCUACACAUGUAACGGUCGAAUUAUCAAUUUCCCAUGCAAAGGCAAGGGGAAAUUACCAUCAAGCCUACUUACACUUGUACAUGGAAUGAAGAGGUGCUCUUCUCUUUGUGAAA